GAUAAGUGCUGUCCCAUUCCUAUUUGUAGCAUCCGGAGCCCUUUCAGACUCUCACACUCAGUCACUUACAGCUGACGUCAGUUAAGUCAGUGAGGGUUCAGGGCUCGAGUCUUCAGGGGCCGGAUUGGAAUUGGGCCUAUGUAUUGGAUGUGUUAGCUUGUGCUAACCGGGCAGAGCUCACACAGACGCUCCUUCAGCGCCACCUUUAAUGGCGGCGGCAAUCAGCUGUUGAUCAGCACUGAGAUCCUCCAGGGACGUAUGACGUCCAGGACGUGCUGCUGGAAGUUCAUUCAUCAACUCAGUGAUUUCACUCGAGGUCACACUGACCUUUGACCUUCGACCUUUGACCACUGAAAACUGAUCAGUUCAUGGUUGAGUCCACGUGCACGUUUGUGCCAAAUUUAAAGAAAUCCCUUCAGAAGACACCAGAACACUGUUUUAUUAUUAUCUGAAACAAUAACAGAGCCACAGCUGAGACAAACACAAACACAUGAAAAUAAAAACAAACAAACAAACAAAUAUCAGCAACAGCUGUGAUCACAACCAGGACUAAUGAUGUCACUAAUGAUGUCACAGGAGCUGAACGACUGUAAAACACAGAUGGAGCUUUUGUUUGUUUUGCUCUGGUUGUAUCACGGGACAUUGUUUGUUUGUUUGUUUGUUUGUUUGUGUUGAUGCUCUCAAAAUAGUAAACACUUAAUGAGAAACUUAAAUAAAAAAACAUUUAGCAGAGCUCGUAUCUGACACGCAGCAGCGUCACCGUGCACCUGGACACCUUCAUACCUGGAGGUCUUUACUUUGACUGCAGUAAUCUGAUUACUCUGAUACUGUGAAAGACUUCAUCACUGUUACAGCUGUGUUUGAUUAAAUGAAGUGUGACUGUAGUGGAGGAUUAACUGGUUUAACUGGAGCUGAACUGGUUCAUCAUCAGUUAAUAAACUCUGGAGUUUUUCUGUGAUGAGUUUCCUCGAGAGUAACUCCAGGUGUGACGUCACGUGGUUUCCCGCCGCAGGUGAGACCCUCUCAGGUGUGUCCGAUCCGCGCAGCUCUCUCUGCGCACCCACCGCUGCGGAUCUUGCGGUCGGCUGUGACGCAACAGGUUUUCACAAGCUGCUUCGUCACUUCGGGAUUUAUCGGGAUGACUCCGCGGAGAGUCACGGAGCCGUCGGUGCCCGUCAAUGGAAAACCCCGCGGGAGCGCGUGCAGAUAAAAAGUCGCUGCAAAUGGAAGCUGAGACGAGAUUUACCGAGUUCACCGGCGGACAGACACCGAGACACCGACAGCCGCCCUGACAGACAUGAACCCCGCCACAGUUGCCGCCCUGCUGCACUGCUUCCUGUUGGCAGAUUUAAUCCAGUCAGCUCCCGUCAGCUCGCCGCUCACAGAGGCGGCCGAGCGAGCGAAGACGCUGGUGGAGAAAAUCCUGAGAGACAUUCCCACCGUGCACGCCACCACCGUCACCACACAGGGUCUGACCCUCGACUCCGCCGCACAGACGACCAACCUGCAGAUGAUGGUGACGUCACUGGGCAUCCCUGCCGCCCCCGUCCUCAAGCCGCCAUCUGAACGCUUCACACUGGACGACUGUGUGAGUCGCAUGGCGGCGGGCAGCCGGCUGUACCAGGGGCUGCUGGGAGUUUUAUCGGACCGGCUGAGCGGACUGAGCGACCUGUGGGCUGACCUCAGAGACCUGCUGACACGCAUCAACAAGAUGAAGGAGGCGGCUCAGCUCAGCGGCGGCGGUGCAGCGGAUCAGAGUCUGGACCUGGCCUCCCGUCUCCACGGUAACUACGAGGUGCAGGUGGCGACUCACCUGACGCUCACGCAGCUCCGCUCCUUCUGUCACGACCUGAUCCGCAGCCUGAGAGCUGUCUCCACCUACAAGCUCCGCCCAUCAGGUACACGCUAAGCCCCGCCCAGAAGAGGGGACGCCACGCUGCAGGAAACAUCAGGACGCCAUCAGCGUGGCUACAACAGAACCAGCUGAGCGUCUGAAGGCGGAGCUCUCUUGGUCAGAUCACCUGCAGCAAACAGGAAGUGGUCCAAAACAAAAACAAAAGAGUUUGACUGUGGAACAAGUUUUAAAGGAGAACGACUUCCUGUUUGGACUGAGGUCACGUCACAUGAUCAGGAAGAGAUUCACCUCCUCAUGUAGCUGAUGGCAGACGUUUACUGUGAAGGAGGAGCGCUGGGAUCAGUGGCGCCUGUGUGUGUGUGUGUGUGUGUGUGUGUGUGUGUGUGUGUGUGUGUGUGUGUGUGUGUGUCUGUGUGUGUGUGUUCAGCAGGAAUGUUGGGAAUCUUCCAGGAAUGAAGAAACUGGUGAUGAUGUGCAGGUCUGAGCGUGUCCUCUGCUGCUCUCGUCUUUCACUUUCUGAUUCUGCAGCGUACACACACACACACACACACACACACACACACACACACACGCUCUGUCAGCUGUCUGAGCGUCUCGUCACGGCUGAUCAGGAAAUCUUUCUGAUCAUCGAUCAAUGAGCUGAGAAGUUUUCCAGUUUUCUGAUCAAUCGAUCGAGUCACAUCAGAGCUGUCACUUCCUGUUUCACAAUAAAAGCUUCUUCUACUGGUGAAUCAUGUGGAGGCUUUUAUUGUGAAACAGGAAGUGGUCUGAGCAGACUGCUGCUGUGUGUUGUGAAUAAAUAUAGAGUAUUUAUUUUAUUUGUUUGUAUUUAUGAAUAUUUGUUUGACUGAUGAAAACACGUCCGCUGCUGCAGAUUGUUUAUCAGAGUUUAUUUAUUUAUUUAUGCUGAAAUAUUUAUUUGACUUUGAUCAGUUUGUUUUUUUUAUGUCAGAUGUGUGUGUGUGUG